UUGGACUUCUUCGCAGGCUGUUCCUCCAAGUCGUUCAAGCUGUACUCCCCCAAGGAGCCCCCCAACGGUAGCACUUUCCCCCCUUUCCACCCCGGCACCAUGCUGGACAGAGACGUGGGUCCCACUCCAAUGUACCCGCCCACAUACCUGGAGCCAGGAAUAGGGAGGCACACGCCGUACGGCAACCAGACAGACUACAGAAUAUUCGAGCUCAACAAACGGCUACAGAACUGGACAGAGGACUGUGACAACCUGUGGUGGGACGCGUUCACUACAGAGUUCUUCGAGGACGAUGCUAUGCUGACCAUCACCUUUUGUCUGGAAGAUGGGCCCAAACGCUACACAAUUGGCCGGACGUUAAUUCCGCGAUACUUCAGGAGUAUAUUCGAGGGCGGGGCCACUGAGCUCUACUACGUGCUGAAGCAUCCCAAGGAGUCCUUCCACAACAACUUCGUCUCCCUCGACUGCGACCAGUGCACCAUGGUGACCCAGAACGGAAAGCCAAUGUUCACACAGGUGUGUGUGGAGGGACGUUUGUACCUGGAGUUCAUGUUUGAUGACAUGAUGAGGAUAAAGACGUGGCACUUCAGCAUCAGACAGCACCGGGAGCUCAUCCCCCGCAGUAUACUGGCCAUGCAUGCCCAAGACCCACAGAUGCUGGACCAGCUGUCCAAAAACAUAACGAGAUGUGGCCUGUCGAACUCCACCCUCAACUACCUCCGGCUGUGUGUGAUCCUGGAGCCCAUGCAGGAGCUGAUGUCCAGACACAAGACGUACAGCCUCAGCCCCAGAGACUGCCUCAAGACCUGCCUCUUCCAGAAAUGGCAGAGGAUGGUGGCCCCUCCCGCCGAACCCUCGAGACAACCCCCCAACAAGAGGCGGAAGCGUAAGAUGUCAGGCGGCAGCACCAUCAGCGGAGGAGGCGGAGCUAACAACAACAACAACAACAAAAAGAAGAGUCCCGGCAGCGGCUUCCCCCUGUCCAGCCAAGUCCCGCUGUGUGUGAUCCUGGAGCCCAUGCAGGAGCUGAUGUCCAGACACAAGACGUACAGCCUCAGCCCCAGAGACUGCCUCAAGACCUGCCUCUUCCAGAAAUGGCAGAGGAUGGUGGCCCCUCCCGCUGAACCCUCGAGACAACCCCCCAACAAAAGGCGGAAGCGUAAGAUGUCAGGCGGCAGCACCAUCAGCGGAGGAGGCGGAGCUAACAACAACAACAACAACAAAAAGAAGAGUCCCGGCAGCGGCUUCCCCCUGUCCAGCCAGGUCCCGGACGUGAUGGUGGUGGGCGAGCCCACGCUGAUGGGCGGGGAGUUCGGGGACGAGGACGAGCGGCUGAUCACGCGGCUGGAGAACACGCAGUUCGACGCGGCCAACGGCAUCGACGACGAGGACAGCUUCAACAACUCGCCGGCGCUGGGCUCCAACUCGCCCUGGAACAACAAGGCCCCCUCCAGCCAGGAGAGCAAGAGCGACAACCCCACCUCACAGGCCUCGCAGUAGAGCCCAGAGCCCCCCCAUCCCCCCCUCUCCCCCCCCAACCCC